UCGACCAGUAGGCUACGGUUCCACUCGGUACGUUACAGCACAUUAGCAGGAGGUGAAUGCGAGCAGGUCUCACAGGUUGCCUCUAUCCCACUGAGCACGCGGUACAGACCGAGCACACCUGGACGAAUCAUGUGACCUGUUACCUGGGCGUGGAUAACCCGACUGUAAUUUUUCUCGAUGCUUUUGUUGAGUAGUCCAAGCUGCCCGGUAUCUUUCCGUAGGAAGCCUGAACUGGUCUUCAGCUUUUGAACGAAAUGCUGUCAUUCAACCCACAGUUGUUUUGAAAGUAAGAUGUGAACUUUUCGUACGUCGCUUUUUGGGAGUCUAUUUCUCGUGCUUCAGAGGGCAUCUGAAAUCUGGACGCUUCGCAUUCGUGCAACUACAGUUCCGCCAAGCUCUCCUUCCAGCACCUCGCUCUGGCUUUAAUUCAGGGAGCACAAGCAAAGGUCUGUCCAUAUGUAGCUCUCGGCAGAGUCUACCUGUGUGAGGCUCAGGAACAGCAAGGCUUGAUCCUCUCCAUGCUGGCCAAUAAGCCCACUGGUAUUAGUGUUGUCGGGAUGGAAGAGGAUGGGAUGCGCCUGCCUCUCUCUAGCAGGUGACAACCCUCUACACAGCAGAGCUUCCCCCUGCUGUUACUCUAAUUGGUAAAUGAAGCACUAGCCCCAGACAGAAGGCUAGAAGGAACACAGUUUUGGUCUAAUAGAGAUGGCGGGUUGGGUGCUGAUGGUCCUGCUCGUGGUGUGUGUCUCCUCUGUCUCUUCUGAGGGGUCGGUUCUGGAGUUCCACACGGAGACGUGUAUUAACAGUGUGGUGCAGGACCCUCUCACUGGCCGUGUUUACCUGGGUGCCAUCAACGCCAUCUACCAGCUCGAUGCCUUCCUCAGUCUGGAGGCAAAAGCAGAGACAGGUCCCAAGAAGGAUGCCCGCAGCUGCACGCCCCCCAUGUCCACCUGCAUGUCUGCGGACCUCAAGGAUACGGACAACAUCAACAAGCUCCUCCUGGUGCACUCGGCCAAUGGAUCGCUGAUCGUGUGUGGGAGCGUGUACAGAGGCAUCUGCUCACUGCUGGACCUCAGCGAUGUGAGCAAGCAGAUCUACUACAGUGACAACAAAGGUGAGCGCACGUACGCCGCCAGCAUCGAGGAGAACGUGCCAGUCGUGGCUGUCAUGGCCACAUUCCAGUUCAAGGACACCCCUGAGAAGAAGCCAUUCAGUGUCUUUCUGGUCGCAAAGGGCUAUGGGAGCCAGGAUAACCCCAAGCUCAUCACCACACGUAUCCUGGAGAACUACAAGGACUGGGUGGUGUUCGAGAACAUCGUGGAGGCCUCUGGUGUGCAGACCAUCCCAUUCGUACCCAAGUACCAGCACCAGUUCCGCUUUGCCUUCAAAGACUCCGGCUUUGUGUACUUCCUAUUCUCCCGCACGCAGGACAGCUCGGACAACAGGAACUUUUCCUUCGUGUCACGCCUUUGCGAACAAGACGAAGGCUACUACUCCUACACAGAGCUCCAGCUGAACUGCACUGCCAAUGGUGUGCAAUACAGCAAAGUCCAAGCUGCAUACGUGACUGAACCAGGAAAGGAACUGGCCCGCGCUAUGCUGAACUCCGGUCAGUUUGGGACUAUUACAGUCUGGGAUAAGGUGCUGUUUGUUGUGGCCAGUCCAGACGGUGAGAAUGCCACAGACUCUGCUCUUUGCAUGUAUCCAUUAAAGCGCAUAAAUGAGAGGGUGGCUGACAUCCUCAAAGCUUGCUAUAUUCAAUAUGGGAAGAUUGGAGGAAGAACAGCAGUGUACACCCCCUACAUAUCCAGCACAAACAACCCAUGUACCAAUCGACAUAGUAAGGAGAUAGUGGACCAGAACCGGUGUGGAGCAGAGUUUCUCCGCUCUCCGUUGGCCAGCAAACCUGAGUUUGCCCUGCAGGCAGAGUCAGUGUUCAACCGGCAAGGUCGAGGUCAUCUGACUGCGGUGGCCAUCGAUGUGGAGAAUGACGACACUAUAGCCUUCCUGGGGAACAGCCUCGGAGAGGUGUUGAAGGUUCAUUUGUCAAGCAAUCCAGAGGUGUACAACAGGGUUCCUGGUGACACCACAGGCGACCGUGUGAAUAAGAACCUUUUCUUUGACAAGACCCAGAGCCACCUGUACAUCACCACGGAGAAAAAGAUUACAAAGGUGCCAGUGCAGUCCUGCCAUCAGAAGACAGACUGCAAGUCAUGUGUAGCCCAGAGAGAUCCGUACUGUGGCUGGUGUGUCCUGGAGGGAAGGUGCACCAGGAGGUCGGACUGCCUUCGAGCUGAGGAGAAGAAUGCUUGGCUGUGGAGCCCCAAGCAGCAGUGUGUUAAAAUCGUCUCCUUCCACCCUCCCAGGCUCAGCUGCAAGAGGUCCCAGCAGGUCGAGAUCAACAUCCCUUCCCUGCCCAGCAUUAGAGACUUUGACAGAAUUCACUGCAUGGUGGGCUUGUAUACUAGCAAUGCCACGAUGGUCGAUUCCAUGGUGAGCUGCCACCUGCCACCCUCUGAGAUGCUGCCGCCCACACCCCCCAACCAAGACUCCGUCUCAGUGCCACUGAGAAUCUUUGUGAACGGCAGCGUGGAGGUGGCUGCUCGUGACUACGAGUUCUACAACUGUGCAGCAGCUGUUCACAAGGCAGAAAACACACCGUGCAUAGCGUGUGUGAGCAGGCCAUGGGCAUGUCAGUGGAACACUGCUGACCACACCUGCUCUGACAUGAGCAACGCUGAGUCAGGCCCCAACAUCAUCAAGCACAAACAGGCAAAGAACUGUCCACGGUUUGAGAACCCAGACCCCACACUCAUUCCGGUGGGAUACAGGACUCGCAUCAAUUUUGAAGGAGUAAAUCUGGAAGCCUACAAGGACCGAGAGUUCACUAUAGGGACCGAGCUGAUGAAGCAGUUUGAAGAUGAUGUGACAACAGAAGAAACUCCCUUUUUCUAUUUCAGUGGAUACGUGUUUUCAUAUGAUAAGGCCCAGGAGAUGAGUGUCCUGUUCCAUAUCAAAGACAAAUACACAGAGAAGAAGAUUGACAGCACACUCAAUGUAACCCUGUAUAACUGUUCGCUUGGCCGCGAAGACUGCAGUCUGUGUAAGAAUGCACACCUUAAAUACGACUGUGUGUGGUGUGCUCGGACACGCUCCUGUGUGUUUUCCAAACUCUGUCCCACUGCUGAAGAGGAGCAGGACUGCCCUCCGCCUGGAAUCACAGACAUCAUUCCACACUAUGGUCCCCUGAAUGGAGGAAUCUCUGUCACUAUUAAAGGCUCUAACUUGGGCAUUCAGAAGGAUGACAUCAAGAGCAUCACUGUGGCAGGAGUGCCCUGCGUCCACCAGGAGGAGAAAUACUCUGUUUCUACCAGUGUUGUGUGCAAGAUCGGCCCAUCAAGCCCACGUGCAGGACGGGUGGAGGUGGAGGUCAGAGGAGGGAGGACAGGGAUGUCCUCGGUCUUAUUUACCUACCGGGAUCCCAAGCCUGAAGCGGUACACCCCAAGAAGGGACCAAAAGCAGGAGGGACCAUCAUUACCAUCACCGGGACUGCCCUUGACACAGCCUCUGAAGAAGACAUUAACAUCACUGUGGGUGGAGUGUCAUGCCCAGUGGAGCAGUUUGGAAAACAGAUCACAUGUAAGGUGGGGCAGUAUGGGGCUGAGAGGGUACCCUCCGACCCCCUCCCUGUUACGGUGAUGUACGGGAAGCAAACUGUCACUCAGGUCCCUGCGUCCUUCCAGUUCUCCGCCAACCCCGAGGUGGCCGACCACCAGCCCAAGGAGAGCUUCGACUGUGGUGGAAGAAAGAUUGUGGUGACUGGUUCAGGCUUUGACCUCAUUCAGAAGGCUUCUGUCCGAGUGCAAGUUUCAGCAGAUGAAUGGUCAGGACUUCACACUCCUUUGGAGUUUGUCCAAGAGGCUGCCGGUAAGAAUGACACCACUCUACAGUUUCUCUCACCUUCCGUGAGCGUGAACAGAACACACGAGGGCCUUUCUUUUAGAACGUUCAUCCACCUGGACAACCACAUAGUAGAGCUCCAACCGUUUGAAUACCACCCCGACCCCACCUUCAACAAACUACCCAGCAACGUCAUCACCGAGAACAGCAUGAUCAUUGUCACGGGUCGUGGGUUUUCCAAAGCUAUGACGGCCAAGGAAGCGCAAGCGUUCCUGGGCGACGUGCUCUGCAACGUGAACACCCUCCAGGACGACAAGCUGUUCCUCGACCCGCCCACCACCACGCCAAGGGCGCGCUCCAAGAGACAACGGCGGGACACCACGUCUGAGCUCCUAGACCUCCUGAUUAAGUUUGGUAAUGGUGAGUGGCUGGUUGGCUCCGUGCACUAUGAGAGGAAGUAUGAGGUGAAGCUGGAUACGAUCAUUAUUCCUGCGGUUAUUGUCCCCAUGCUACUAAUCAUAGCCAUCUCUGUAGUCUGCUACAGGAGAAAGAGCCAGCAGGCAGAGCGGGAGUAUGAGAAGGUGAAACACCAGUUAGAGAAUCUGGAAGAGAGUGUGCGUGAUCGCUGCAAAAAGGAGUUCACAGAUCUGAUGAUCGAGAUGGAGGACCAUACGAACGACCUGAGCGAGGGCCGUAUCCCAUUCCUGGAUUAUAAGACCUACACAGACCGUGUCUUCUUCCUGCCCUCUAAAGACGGUGCCAACGACGUGAUGAUCACCGGCAAGCUGGACAUCCCCGAAUCUCGCAGGGCCACGGUGGCCCAGGCUCUCAACCAGUUCUCCAACCUGCUCAACAGCAAGACCUUCCUCAUCACUUUUAUCCGGACUCUGGAGGCCCGUCCAGACUUCAAUGCGAGGGCUAAGGUGUACUUUGCAUCUCUGCUCACCGUGGCCCUGCAUGGCAAGCUGGAAUACUACACAGAUAUCAUGAGGACACUUCUGCUGGGGCUAAUGGAGGAAUAUGUGCAGAGCAAGAACCCCAAACUUAUGCUGCGUAGGUCAGAGACGGUGGUGGAGAGGAUGCUGUGUAAUUGGAUGUCCAUCUGCCUCUAUCAGUUCCUAAAGGACACUGCAGGUGAACCGCUGUAUAAACUGUUCAGAGCCAUAAAGCAUCAGAUAGAGAAAGGGCCAGUGGACGCCCAGGUGAAGAAGGCAAAGUACACCCUCAAUGACACAGGUCUGCUGGGCGAUGAUGUGGAGUACUGCAUGCUGACCCUACAGGUGUUGGUCCAGGGCGAGGGUCAUGAUGUUACACCAGUGAAGGUGUUGGACUGUGACACCAUCUCUCAGGUGAAAGAGAAGAUCAUUGAACAGGUGUACAAAAAUCUCCCCUAUUCCCAGAGGCCCAAAGUGGAGAGUGUCACACUCGAAUGGCGCCCUGGUUCCACGGGACAGAUCCUGUCCGAUCUGGAUGUGACCUCACAGAAAGAGGGCAGAUGGAGACGCCUUAACACACUGGCACACUACAACGUGCGAGACAACGCCACGCUGGUCCUCUCCAGAGUUUUGCACACACAGCAGUCAUAUUACCAAAACCACGACAACCACGAGGAGAGAAAUGCCUUGCUGGAGGACGAUAAGGUGUUCCAUCUGGUCCGGCCCGCAGAGGAGCUGGAUGAGGUGAAGUCAAAGAGGGGUAGCAUUAAGGACAAGUCCAUGACCAAAGCCAUCACAGAGAUCUAUCUCACUCGCUUGCUCUCGGUCAAGGGAACACUGCAGCAGUUUGUGGACGACUUCUUCCGCAGUGUUCUCUGCUCAGGAACCAUAGUGCCGCCUGCCGUAAAAUACUUUUUUGACUUUCUGGAUGAGCAGGCCUUAAAACACGACAACGUGGAUGAGGAGACCAUCCAUAUCUGGAAGACCAACAGUCUCCCGCUGAGGUUCUGGGUGAACAUUCUGAAGAACCCUCAUUUCAUCUUUGAUGUCCAUGUGACAGAAGUGGUUGAUGCGUCAUUAUCAGUCAUUGCUCAGACCUUCAUGGAUGCCUGCACUAAAUCCGAGCACAAACUCAGCCGGGACUCCCCCAGCAACAAGCUUCUCUAUGCAAAGGAGAUCUCCACAUACAAGAAGAUGGUGGAUGAUUACUACAAAGGGAUCCGACAAAUGGUGCCAGUCAGUGACCAAGACAUGAACACGCACUUAACUGAAGUGUCUCGGGCAUACACAGACAAACUGAAUACACAAGUGGCCCUCCAUCAGCUGUACCAGUAUGCGAGCAAAUACUACAAAGAGGUCGUCCUGUCUCUGGAUGAGGACCCUGCAGCACAGAGUAAGCAGCUGACACUGCGUCUCCAGCAGAUUGCUGCUGCGCUCGAGAACAAAGUGACAGAUCUCUAACCCUGCUACGCAGAGAUAGAGAAAGAGCGAGAGACUGGUGUGAAAUGAAACUGCCAGUGCUCAUGUUGGGCUCAAAUCUCUGACAUAGAAAAAAUGUAUAGGAGAAAGAAAAGGGAACAAUUUAAGGCCCUCAAAGUGUAAUUAACAUAACUAUAAUCAGAUGUUCAAUUUCUUCCUGUGUAGAGAAAAAAAAAAGUUUUAAGAAUUGUAUUAUAUAUUUUUUUUAUUGUGCAGUCUUUAUGCAGAAAGCUUUAUAAUAAGAAAAUAACUUUUUAAAUGGACAGCCUUGUGUUGACUGUGUUUAUAAAGCCUCUGUGAAUAUGUGGAUGAUAUAUUGGUAUGUAUGUGGUGGGUGUGGGUGUGCAUGUGGGAUGUGUGGUGAAUGCAUGUGUGGGGGAUAUGUGGUCAUAGACGUUGAGUGUGAGUUGACUGCUAACUGCUAAUUGCUCACAAACAGAAUGCCUAAAUUCUGACCAAAAGAGAGGUGCCCAGUGGUCUGUAUGAGACCCCAUUUAGUGUGCAUGCAUGUGUGUGUCUGUGUGUGCAAGUGUGCACCUUUGUUUUUGUGUGAACUCACCUUGGGGUCAUGAACUGUCCAACAAAACAUCAUCUGAUGGUUUCUGACUUUCAGAAAGUAGAACUUUCCAGCAGGUGUUGCAUUUGUUCCUAUUUGUGCAUACCUGCCUGGCUGAUGGUGUCAGCAUCUACCAGAAUAACACUGUAAAAGCCAAGAACAUCACUAAUAGCACAUUCUUUCACAUGCUCUUAAUUCACCAUAACAGCAUGGACCAACCUGAGCACAAUGAGAUUCAGUUUUGGCAAUAGUAUAACAUAUGUGUGUGUAUAUGUCGACACAAGGCAUGCCAUUUUUUAUGUGUUCUGAGAAGUUCUUUUAUUUUGUUAUUUGGCUUAUUAUGUUGUCAUUCAUUUCAUAAAUAUGGUUAUUGUUAUACUGUUCAAUGGAAAAUUCUAAAUUGUUUUAUUUAUUUCAUAAACAAAUUAUUUUUUUAUUAUUCAAGGUACCAAAAUGUAAUCUUGAUGACAGUUCAGUUCAUUGAUGGUUACAUCCACUUUAUAUUUACUAUGACAACAUGUUGCAACAUAUUGACUAAAUUACAACUUGUCCUAAUUGCUUAAGAUGCUGAAUUGGGUCUUUGCCCAGCAGGUGGUGAGGGCCAGCCAAAUACAGCUCAAAGCUAUUGGGCCUACUUUUUCCAAAGCUCUGCUGAGGGUGAAGAAGCCAUUUUAAUGCCAGCAGCUGUAUGCAUUCUCACUGGCACCAUGGCUCUGAGUUGUGCUGCUGUGGAUGGCGACAGGCACUGCCUAACCAGCAGUUGCAUCUUAGGAUUUGGUACUAAACAAUAUGGUACUCUUGAACUAAACUGCAUUACAGAAUUUUAACUGCAAAAGAGCAUAUGUCCUAUGAUGAAACCAGCUACCCUGUUUGUUUUUUUAAGUCACCAUUUCAUAUCUUUCCUUCAUACCUCAAGAUGUCAUCAAUGUACAUACCAAAUACUGCAAUACACAGCAAUUUUUACUCACUAUUUUAACUAUAGUAGGAUUUGGAGAGCCUUUUAGAGGCUGGUAAAUAUUGCUUUCUGUUAGUCAACUAAGAGCAGUUUUGCGGUCUAAUUAGUAGUGAUUAAGGUUAGUACUUGGGUCAGGAAAAGCUGGUCAUGGAUCAGCACGGAGCCUCUUCUUGAGCUGUAUCCCUCAGGGCUCCUGUUGCCCUGGGACAGCCGGGUGUCUGGAUUCAGGUCUGUGGGUGGUGAGAUUCCUCAGUAUAGUAUCAGAUGUCUGUUCCUUGCCUCUCCCUAAUCAAACAGUGUGGGGCGUUUUAGGGAAGCCACUCAAUUCCCCAGUGCUUUAAAGAAACCAGCGGGAGAUUAUGUGCUUGAUCUUGAUUGCAUGCAGGCUGCUGACACCAUGCUUUUACAUAUGCUCAUAAUAUUCCUUAUUUUUUCAUUUCAAAUUCCUGACCAGUGACACAAGCCACUAUAGCUCAAUGUAACGCUUUUCAGCCUUUCUUUCGCCAAAAUGUGCCUUAACGAUAUUAGGUGUUAAAACUGUUGUUAAUUAUAUCAACGAUAUUGAGUGAUGGUGGCCGGUUUUAGAGAUAGGAUGCUUGCAGAGUCUUUGCAGCUGUGGUGUAGACCGUGAGUUAAAAUGCAGUCGUCAUGCUAGGAUAAUUUGUGCUGUAGCCACAAUGUGCCAAUAGGGUGAUCACAAGUAAGGGAGAAAAGGACAUUUUUAUAAUGUGCAUAUCUUUUGGGCGUCCGUGGUUUGUGUGCGAGUGUGUGUAUGUCUCUGUGUAUGCGUGUGUGCAUUUGUAGGAGUAUACUGGGAACAAGCUCAGAUUAUUCUGAACUAAACUGAACCAUGGUGAAUGUAAAGUCAUCUUCCCAACCAAAAGCAUCUGUUAUUUUGCUUUUUUUCCCCUUAUUCAAGAGGAGAGUAGGUGAUAAAAGUGUUGACUAGAGUGUUUCACUGUUGUGUUUAUCCUUUAGGUCUUUGUUUCUAUGCUAUUCCAUAGUGUGUAUGAAAAGUAUCUAUACUCGACAAUGAAUUUCUUACUGCUGUGCAGUUGUUUUUAUUCCUUCAUGUCCUAUGAUUAUAUAUGCCUUUGUAUUAAAGAAAAAGCAAAAUCUGUCAGCACUGUAUUCUUGUGUAAUAAUCCUAUGCAUUUGAGGUCCAGGAAAAUGCCAAUAUGUUGUGCUGUUAUCAAGAUGUUUCUUUUCCUUGUGAAUGUGUAGUAAACUAAGAUUCUUGGGACUGUAAUUUACAGUAAGGCGGGAGCCUACAGACUAACCAUGGCUCUUUAGGCCUGGUAGCUCAGAAGAGUUCUUACUUGCCUGAUCUGUUUGUACUGAAGUACUCACCAUUCAGC